GCUGCCCGGAUCAAGCUGCGGUGCGCGCGCGCGUAUUUUCCCGACAAUCUGAAUCAAACCGUUUGUAUUCCGAGUCAGCCGGCUCCUAUAGACCCUCUAUUCUAGGAGUAGCCCGUCGUCAGCCGCUGCCGAGGGGCUAGACGAUUGUUCUCGCGCUCGAUCUGGGUGACGCGUAGUGGGACCGGACCGAUCGGAGGUAUUUCAGUGUGUCAAGUGUUUGUGUGCAUUUGUGUUGUGGUUCUGAUAAAUUACAAUCGAAACCAGUGUGUCCGUUGUUUGGAAGGAAGAACAUGAAUAGUGCCACCUCUACUGCACUCCACCACCAGCCACCGCCGUCGCAGGAUUCGCUGACCUUGGACGACAUGAAGGGGUUGGGCGCGAGGAGGGAGAAUCUCGUCGCCAAGAUGUCCAGCAGUGGCAGCGGUGUUAAUAAUAACAAUAACAAUAGUAUGAGUACUAACAACAACAAGCUGACCAGCAGCAACAGCACCACGAACGGUGGUGGUGGCAAUCAAAAUGUGCUGUUUGCUAUGGCGACGGCGGCGGUUGUGUCGGAGAUCGAAGACAACAAGCUCGGCGCCAACGAUAAGGAGAAGCUGACCAAAGCGGUGAUGAAGGUGUUCGAAGAGUACAAGUGGACUCCGCCUACUAAUGUCGUCAAAUCACCGACAGAUAAGAAGAAAAAUCACAUCAAACGACCGAUGAACGCGUUUAUGGUCUGGGCCCAAGCGGCACGUCGGGAAAUGUCCAAGCAGGAACCCAAGCUGCAGAACUCGGAGAUCAGCAAGGACCUGGGGAAAAUGUGGAAGAACCUGGCCGCCGAAGACAAGCUGCCUUUCAUCGAGCAGGCCGAGAAACUUCGAAUGACACACAAAAGCCAGCAUCCAGAUUACAAGUACCAACCGCGGCGGAAAAAGUCAAAAAAAUUCGGCAAACAUGGAAAGCACUGCUGUGACGACGACUGCGAAGAUUCCAACAGCUCUCCACCGCCCCCGCCGAAGCCUCGUUCCAAAAAAGCCGCAGGCACUACUGCAAACAAAUCCAAAACGUCUAAUCAGACGAAGGCUACUACGGCCGCACUGAGCUCAAAUUUUGAUUUCUCGAAUCAGUCGGGUCUUCUGAGAGUUGCUCAGCCGACGACGGAUCUGCCAACACCGUCAUCGUCGACAUCAUCCGUCGAGCAGUAUGCGGGUUAUUCGAUGAAGGCUGAAAGUGGAAACCGUUUCUACGGAAUCGGUCCCUGCGAAAUGGAGUCUCCUUGCAGUCCGCAAAGCCCUAGCGCAGCGUCUAUCCAUUCCUCAACCGAAGGUCAACCACUGACCCCGCCAACCACUCCGUACACCGGACUGGCAAACAUCAAGUCCUACUCGCCGCAUUCCCGGUUGUCUAGCAAUGACAGCCCUGUGGGCUACUUCAGCCGCAACGACUACAUUAACGGAACCGCCACCGAUUACCGUACCAGCGAGCAGUUCAGUUACGCUGCCAACUCCCUUUCUUCUUCCUCUGCGUUCACAUCCCAACCAUCCAGCAAAGACUUCUACCGCAGUUUCCCGAACCAAAUGCACCAACUGCAUGACUCCAGCUCCAUCUCCUCCUACCACCUCGCUCCUCCGUCCCUUCAAUCAACUCUCUCCUCAUCACCAAUUCCCACCCUCCCUCCAGAUUACUCAACCUUCACCUCGAUCCCAAACCAGAGCUACCUGGUAUCGCCCUUAGACCAGGAUCAGGUCGACAUCGAGCAAUACCUGGACAGCCAAGCCGUUGUCAAACGGACCCUCACCGACUCCCUUCACCACCACCAUCCUCCUCAGCAACAGUCCACCCCUUCCCCUCAAACGAACGCAUCGCUGGAUGCCCUCAGCUCCGAUCACAACACCAUGACCGCGAUGGCGAUCGACCCUAGCGGCAUGCCCGGUGCUGUCACCGCUCAUGGAAGCUCCUCGUCGGUUUACUACGAUUCGGCCCCGUCGUCCUCGUCGACGCUAGCCUCAGGGCAGCAUCAGUCUCCGCAGCACACGCAACACCAUCUGGCGGCACAUUCGCAUCACCUGCAUCAUCCCCAGGCGCAUCUGCACCAUCAUCCACAUCAUCACUCGAUGGCGUCCCAUCUACCGUCGUACUUUAGCAACUGGGGCGCCGGCAAUUACGGCACGAAUUCGUAAUGGCGCGAUACUGGGAUCAUUUUGUCAUUAUAGGGCGUAGAUUUUAAGAACAAGAAUGUAAGUAGCUGGAGUCAAUCUCUCAAGUCAUUGGAUUUGUAAAAGUUAUAAUUUGUAAUCCUUCUUUCCUAUACACAGUUUAGCAUCGUGUAAGAUAUAUUUCAAAAGAAUCCACAGAAAUAUAAUAAAAAGUAAUAACAUUGAGAACACGUCUUUUAGACGUGUUUUAUAAUGUUCAAAAUCAUAUGAAGUUGUGCACAACUGUCGAAUCAUUCGAGAAAGCAAUAUAAAAUCAUUUUUAAAGGUAACUGUAGUAAAAAAAAUGUAUAUAAGUUCAAUCAAAUCCAGUGAUCUAACAUAACUCAAUACAAAGCCAGGAAUGAGAAUGCAGCUUCUUUCUGUGGGCUAAAUUUCCAGAAAACCUAGAAAGCAUAUAACAAGAAGGAUAUCUCACACAGCAGGAAACUAGUUAAUAAUUUUAACAACCGAUCUAAGCUCUAAUUUUCUUCUGAUUUGAUUUUUCUGAUGAGAUAGGCACUUCAGAAUUUUAUUUUAGUAGAAAUAUUUCUCAUCAAAUAGUUGACACUUGAAAAUACGCAUGCUCAAAACGUAUUUGAUUUUAUUAUGUUUAAGGACAAUUUUAAAACUUUUAUCAUUAAUACUUAUUUUUUUCAAAGGCGAAAUUUUUCUAGAAUAAAUUAUUUUUCAUGAAUUAUACUACUGUAAAUAUAUCCAAUAAAACUGUGAA